AGCCGGCCCAAGGCACGCCGCCGUCAGAGCCGGCCCGCAGCCAAGACACGCCGCCGUCAGAGCCGGCCCGCAGCCUCGACACGCCGCCGUCAAAGCCGGCCCGUUACCUCGACACGCCGCCGUCAGAGCCGGCAAGCACGCCCGGUGACGACGUACCGGCGCCCGACGCUGGCAAUGCAGCCGAGGCCGCCUUCAUCAAAUGGCAAAUCGAGGAUAUCAAGGCUCGCAUCCAGAUGUGCUCCGAGACCGCACGUUCUCAUGUGCAAGCGCCGCUGGUGGUGCCCCCGACCAACUCGGCGUAUUGGGACAUUUGUGGCGCACUGCCGUCCAACCUUGCGCCAGCGAGUUACGCAACGGCGACGCUUGAAUGUCUCGCCCACGUCAUGCCGUUCCUCGACUCGAUCUACGCCGUUCGCAACCACGCCUUUGCGAUCAGUCUUGCGGCGCUGCUCGUCGACAUUCGUGGUGACAACGUGGGAAAGUUUGGCAUCAAGCACUUGGUGCUCGGCACGCACCGUGGCGAACCCCAAGAGCCCAUGGCGUAUUUCACGUGGCUUAUGGCGAAGAUCUUCUCGACGGCUGUCCCCGAGCGUAUCUUUGGCAACAAGGAGCACUGGGGCAAGCCGAUGCUCGCCCCGACGCAUGACGUGCUCGUGUGGGAAGUCAACGUGGGCGACGAGUUGACAACAACGCUUCAUGAUGGGGCGUACCACCUCACAGCUUUCGUCGUCCGCGAAGGUGAAGUGAGGCCCCAGUACAUUGCGCUUGUUCAAGACGUCAAUGCCUGGUUGUGCCUCCGCGACGGGUUUGCGAAGUUUGUAACCACCGCCACACCCACGCUCGAAAACCAACGAGCUUGCUUGGCCUUCUACACGAGAGAUGGCCGCUCGGCGCCAUCUUUGCCGACACCUGAGCGACGCACGAGCUGCGUGUCGUCCGAGUUUGACGAUUACGAUUACGACAUGCUCAGUGACGAGUGGACGCCGGACGAGGCCAACUCGAUCUCUUCGCCGGCCAAUGACCCGGUGACGCCGACCCGUGUGCCGAGCACGGAGCACAAGAUCAGGACGCGGCUACUGAACCUCGAGUUGCGCAUGGUCGCGCAAGCAGCCGGGAAGCCGCAGAAGCGCGACUCGUUCGACGAGUCGUUGCGUCUCGACCGUCGUUGGAUUGCGAUGGUGAAAUGGAGCGUCUUCAGCAUGACCAAAGACCCGUCGCGCUGUGAUGAGAUACUUUCCGAGCUCGCGCCGGCGCUAGAGAUACCCGAAGGCGUCGACGCGUUCAAGGCGGUCAUGAUCAUCGCAGAACACGAAGACCUGCGGCGCCUGCUCGCGCUGUGUGGCAAAACGAUCAUGGGCGACACGCUCGUUGGCGGCAAGGCGGGUGGCGGCAGGUCGCGUGGCCCGAUUUUCAAAGAGCGCCGGCGUCUGCGCAUAUCGUCGGCCGUCCUUCAGGACCCCGCACCUGAAGAUUAUAACAACAAGCUCAAACGUGCCCAGAAAGCUUGGUUCUCGAACGAGCCGACAACGAUGGUGCAGCCUUUCAUCAUUGACUUAAUCUGGAGCGGGCUUCCAAAAGCUCUCGUGCCGUGGUUUCGGCGCGUCGAAGAGAAGGACUUUCAUCCGCACCAGAAAGACAGGUCCAAAAAGGACGGGAUGAGCACGAGUGACGACACUACGCCGGGUGACGUCACGACACUCUACGUCUACGUCGUCGACGAGUUUGUGUGCGACGCGGUCUUUUUGCUAUGCAAGGAGUCAUGCGUCUGGCUCGAGCUCAAGCUGCCCCAAGACAACAACUUGCUGGCGGCCCUCAAGCCGCGUAUGCUGCUCGGUAUCAACCUCAUGCUCGCGUUUUACCCCCAGGUCAAACCAAAGUACAUGGACGAAGCCAGAGCGAACCUCGACAAGACGAUGUACGAGUACCUCAACGAGAUCAAGGCCUUUGUCGAGGCGAUUCCUACGACCACGCCCGUCGACAACACGGCUACGGAGCAGUACAACACCAUCAUGAAGGCCUCGGGGCGCUUCCAGAACUGCGCGGACAUGACAUGGUACGGCCGUGAGGAUGGACGUACCUUUUACGCAGCAAAGACGCUCGAUUACGCCUUGAUCUACAAGAAGUGCAGCGUUUCCGGGUGCCGGACCGAGGGUCGGGUCUCUGGUCUGCGUCGCUGCUGCACACAUAGCUGCGCGACCUGCACCGAAGCCGGGUGUGAAAAAGUUGCUAUCACAAAAGACCGCCUUUGCAACGUCCACUUCGACCAAAAGAAGUCACGCCGUCCAGCUGAAAAGUAGUGCAACUCAAUAUAUGUCAUGGCUUGUGUCAAUGUG